AUGUCCCUGUUGCUGCAGGAUCCUGUGUCCCCCAGAGCCAGCCCACCCCCCUCCCCCCGGGAGAACGGCCUGGACUCUCACCUGGACUCUCACCUGGACAGCGGUCACCCCCAGAAGAAGGACGCCCCCCUCAGCCCUGCCUCUGGAGCCUCCUCCAGCAGCACUCCCUCCUCCAAGACCAAACACCUGGCCACGAAUGAGAAGUCCAGCACUCCUGUGUCCAAGACCAGCCCCGCCCCCCGCUGUGAGGCCCCGCCCCCCGGCAGCUCCUCAGUCCCAGGACUGAGGCCCAUGCUGGGCAAGCCGCCCGGCAUGGACACCCUGGUUGCGGGUGUGCGCCCCCCACUGGCCGUGUCAUGCCCGUACCCGGGGCCGUUCGGCCUGGUGCCCCACCCCGGGGUGGGGGGGGAGCUGGGGGGCGUGGCGGCCUACGCCAGCCUCCACAACAUCACUCCUCAGAUGAGCGUCGCCGCCGCCGUCGCUGCGUACGGACGCUCCCACGUGGUGGGGUUUGACCCACACCAUCAGAUGCGUGUCCCUGGCCUGCCCCCCUGCCUGUCUGCCAUCCCUGGGGGGAAACCGGCGUACUCGUUCCACGUGAGCGCUGACGGCCAGAUGCAGCCAGUACCCUUCCCUCCGGAUGCUCUGAUUGGCCCGGGCAUCCCUCGCCACGCCCGCCAGAUCAACACGCUGGGACACGGCGAGGUGGUGUGUGCCGUCACCCUUAGCAACCCCACGCGCCACGUGUACACGGGGGGCAAGGGCUGUGUGAAGGUGUGGGACAUCAGUCACCCUGGCAACAAGACCCCCGUGUCCCAGCUGGACUGCCUGAACAGAGAGAACUACAUCCGUUCCUGCCGGCUCCUCCCAGACGGCAGGACUCUGAUCGUGGGGGGCGAGGCCAGCACGCUGUCCAUCUGGGACCUGGCCACGCCCACGCCGCGCAUCAAGGCAGAGCUGACGUCGUCUGCCCCCGCCUGCUACGCCCUGGCCAUCAGCCUUGACUCCAAGGUCUGCUUCUCCUGCUGCUCCGACGGAAACAUCGCCGUCUGGGACCUGCACAACCAGACCCUGGUCAGGCAGUUCCAGGGCCACACAGACGGGGCCAGCUGUAUCGACAUCUCAGACGACGGCCACAAGCUGUGGACGGGGGGGCUGGACAACACGGUCCGCUCCUGGGACCUGCGAGAGGGGAGGCAGCUGCAGCAACACGACUUCACCUCCCAGAUCUUCUCCCUGGGCUCCUGCCCCACGGGGGACUGGCUGGUGGUGGGGAUGGAGAACAGCAACGUGGAGGUCCUUCACGUCACCAAGCCUGAUAAGUACCAGCUGCAUCUCCAUGAGAGCUGUGUGCUCUCCCUCAAGUUGGCCCACUGUGGGAAGUGGUUUGUGAGCACGGGGAAGGACAACCUGCUGAACGCGUGGAGGACCCCCUAUGGAGCCAGCAUCUUCCAGUCGAAGGAGUCUUCUUCUGUUCUGAGCUGUGACAUCUCGGUGGAUGAUAAGUACAUCGUGACGGGCUCCGGGGACAAGAAGGCCACCGUCUACGAGGUGAUCUACUGACCCCGGGCCACCACACACACAAGAACUACAGCAAGCACAGCAGAAACAAGUACUUCUGAUGAGAGGCAUGAAGGAACGCUCCUUAACUCAAUACCCGGACCUUCGCACUUCCAGACUGGUUGUGGAAUCGUGAGGAUGACACAAACCAGAGUGAACUUUUUUGUUGUUGUAUUUUUUAUAAAACCAAUGAUUUUUGUGAUUCCAUGGAAACCAAUGAAGCCUGAUAUUAAAGUUUUCCUGUUCUCCAGUUGGACCACAGCUCCACAGUUUUCCUGUUCUCCAGUUGGACCACAGCUCCACAGUUUUCCUGUUCUCCAGUUGGACCACAGCUCCACAGUUUUCCUGUUCUCCAGUUGGACCACAGCUCCACAGUUUUCCUGUUCUCCAGUUGGACCACAGCUCCACAGUUUUCCUGUUCUCCAGUUGGACCACAGCUCCACAGUUUGAUCAAAUCACCCAGCUGAGGGAGAGGUGUGCGUGAGCAGGAAUGUGUGCGAGCUGGAUGGACUGAGGUGUGUGUACAUGCACAUGGGUUUACAAACAGGAUCCUUGAUCCUCCAUUAAGCUUUCUGCUCUGCUAGUCAGGCCUGAUGUACAGAACAAGCUGUGCUCUGCUAGUCAGGCCUGAACGACCUCCUCACAGGGAACCUGUGCAUCAGAGGUCUUUUUCAGCUCACAUCUGUAAAUGGCCAGGAAGGUGCCUUUCUGCUGUUACCACCACAUGGAUCAUAUUUCACCUAGUCUCUCCUACUACAGUAGUCAUGGUUCCGCAUUUCUAUAAUCGUGCAGUCUGGUGACACCGAGAAAACUCUUUCAGACAGAGAAGAGCAGGGACGCGAUACUUACUGUCACUUUGUGUGGUUUGAAGAGGAGCUGUUUAACUGGGUAGUGAAAGGUGUAUAUAUGGACGGACACCUCGGUGCAUAAAAAGUUUCAAUGUACAAAGUUAUUGCUCACCACGAACAAUAGGGCACAGUAGCUGAUCAGGUGUUUAAAUAUAUUGAGUUCUCCCACUGUACAUUUUCUUGUCAAAACCUAUUUUGUCAAAGUGUUUGGCGUAUUUAAAUCAGAAUUGGCCUGCUACAGGCUAAAUCUGAACAUGUAAACCUUCAUUACCGGUUUAGCGGUUGAUUUUAAAAUCAGAAGUUUUUGAAAUGUGUUUGGUUAUAAAAAGAAACUUUUUUUCAUUGUGCCAAUCAAAGCAAAUAAAAUAUGUAAUCUUCCACCAAAAUGCAAAAAUAAUGCAGAAUGAGAUUUAGGGAGUUGUGAAGUAAGAGAAGUUAAUACACAGUGAUUAUUUUAUAUCUUUUAUCUCUCAUCCUACAUAUUAAGUUUAGAUUAUAAAUGUGAAUGUUGAUUGUAAAAAACUGUUUGAAUGAUUCACAUAACUGUACACCACUGUACAUAGAAAUGUCACAUGUAAGAUUGAAAAUACGUUGAUAAUUUUUCUUAUUUCUAAAUGACAAAAUGCAUUUGAUCUCUCUUCCGAGUGUCUGGCUUAAUAAAAUGUUCUGUAGCGUGAUGUCAUGUUUGUCCCUGUUUCAUUCCAGAAUGUUCCUGUUUCAUUCCAGAAUGUUGUUGCUUUCAGGGCAAACUCCUUUAAAGAAGACAGAAAUCUAGGAUGACAGAAUCAUGAUCAUUAAUGCAGAGUUCCUCUCCAAAGUGCUUCUCUGUGUGGACUCUUCUGGGAAGGUUCCCAACACAUUUUGGAACACUGAUGCAGGAUUUGCCUCAGGAGCCACUUUAGAGGACAGGCUCUCAUGUCAGACAGGCUCUCAUGUCAGAC